CACACACGGUUUGAAAUCCCCAAGCAGGAAUGCAGAGCUUGGUCUCAUGUCUUCAUUUUGCAAACGGGGGCUGCUGCUGCUGCUGCUCUUGCUACCGGCAGAGGGGACGGUCGCGCUAACCAGAAUAUCUGCUUGCUUUCCCCAGAGAUUUGGAGACCUCCCCCGUCCCCUCCCUCUUUUCCUUCCUUCCUUCUUUCCUGCCUCCCUCCCACCCACCAAUUGGCAAUUGGAAAAAAAAUGAUUAAUCAGAUGGCGAUUGUUUUUUUAUCCUCUUGGCCAGAAAAAAAAAGAGAGCAGAGGAGGCGAGGCUGACGUUGGCCUAGAGAGAGAGGCGUGUGAAUGGGUGGCCGGCGCCAGCGUUACGCGUCUUGCUCUCCAGUAAACAUUAACCAGGUGGUGUUUGUGUGCGCAUUUCUGCGCGGCGGCUGUUUCCUCACUCAAACCAGCGGCUGCGUCGCCUCUGUGCGAAACAUCACAAUAUGCAACCGAGAAUCCUCAGGCUUCACCUCCGUCCUUUAAAAACUUGAACCCACCGGGAAGGGGGUGGGAAGAGUUGGGGAGAGCGCGGGGCUUUCCUUCGCGUCCAGAAGAGGCUCCGGGUCCCUCUCCAGCCAGCCCCCUCCCUAUACCUUCUGCAUCCCUCUCCUCUCCGCGUACUGCCCUUUUCCUGUGCGUAAAUGUGAGGUCUAGUGUUUUUUUUCGGACCCACCCUCCCUAUACCCCUCCUGUGUCUGCUCAGUGGCUUUGAACGCCUCCCCCCCUCCCCAAACUCUUCUGGCCAAGCAGUUCCUGCUCCCUCCCAUCGCUCCCCUGCCGGUUGCGCUCUCUCUCUCUCUCUCUCUCUCUCUCUCUCUCUCUCCCUCCUCCUUCUCUCUCUCCUCGUUUUGCUCUCCCUCUCUCCCCCCCAUCCUGCCUCCGCCCGAGUGCGCUUUCGGAGAAGGGGGAGAGAGAGAGAGCUCACGGAGAGGGGUACCCCCGCUUUUGCAGCCGCGGCGUUUCCAUCGCCACUUCUGCCUCGCUCCUUCAUGGCUGGGAACGAAUGGGACUGGUUUCAGCGGGAGGAGCUGAUCGGACAGAUCAGCGACAUCAGAGUCCAAAACCUCCAAGUGGAAAGGGAAAAUGUGCAGAAAAGGACUUUUACCCGUUGGAUAAAUCUACAUUUGGAAAAGUGCAGCCCCCCUCUGGAAGUGAAAGAUUUGUUGGUUGAUGUUAAAGAUGGCAAAAUUUUGAUGGCUCUGCUGGAAGUUCUCUCUGGGCAAAAUCUGCUACAUGAAUACAAGCCCUCAACCCAUCGUAUUUUUCGACUGAACAAUAUCGCAAAGGCCCUUAAGUUUUUGGAGGACAGCAAUGUGAAGCUGGUUAGCAUUGAUGCAGCUGAAAUAGCAGAUGGAAACUCUUCCAUGGUCCUGGGCCUGAUAUGGAACAUAAUCCUGUUUUUUCAGAUUAAAGAACUCACAGGCAACCUCAAUAGGAACUCCUCGUCUUCCAGCCUGUCGUCGGGACCCAGUGGCCCUGAUUCAGACACCUCUCAUCCCAACACGCCUAAUGUCGAGAGAAGCAUGUCUGUCUCGGUGAAGGAUCAGCGAAAAGCAAUCAAGACCCUUUUGAACUGGGUCCAAAGGAAAACAAGAAAGUAUGGGGUUGCCGUUCAGGACUUUACCAGCAGUUGGCGAAGUGGCCUGGCUUUCUUGGCGGUAAUCAAAGCCAUAGAUUCGAGCUUGGUAGAUAUGAAGCAAGCUUUGGAGAAAUCACCCCGGGAGAAUUUAGAGGAUGCAUUCACUACAGCACAUAACCACCUAGGUAUUCCAAGACUUCUGGAGCCAGAAGACAUCAUGGUUGAGUCGCCCGACGAUCAGUCCAUUGUGACCUAUGUGGCACAGUUUUUGGAACAUUUCCCAGAGCUGGAAGGGGAAGAUUUUUCAGAUCCGGACAAGGACUUUGCAGCUGAAUCUCCUUUCCACGUCAAAGGGACACCAGGGGAAGAAAAUCAAGGGAAGGUUUUGAUUUUGAAUGAGAAUGGGAAGCACACCUAUACCGGUCACCUGGACAGAAGCCAGUCUUCACCUCCAAAAAUCUAUAUUCCUGGUUCGCCCCUUAAUCCAGAGAACCCAAGUUUUCAUAUGGCAAAUAAGGAGAUUAAUGACAAUCUGCAGCAGCAACUAUCAGAUCAUUCAGAGACUUCCACAGAAGAACCUCAGAGGCCGAGCUCACUGCCAAUAACAGAGCCUGUGGAUUAUCGGUCCAAUUCUGCUGCCGACAUUCUUGCCAAUAAUGUAAACGGGUCUGAAGGGGAUCAGCUGAGUAUGUCCGAUUCACCAACCCAGAGCGAUGACCUUCUUCCGCCAAGUUCACCUCCGUAUCACAAACAUUCUGUUGAACCUGCUGACUCUUCGGGAGUCGAUUCUGAAGAAUUCAGCAAGAACAAGCCAGCCACUGAAACAAAAGAAUCAUCUGAUGCAAAGCCUUGCUCAUCCCCUCUACCUGAAAACGUACCGGAACACCUGACAACGGAACUUCAACAUCCAAUUCCAGCUGCUGAUGAGCAAGAUAGCACAAAGAAAUAUAUAUUAGAAUUGUUGAACAAGGAAAUAUCUAAGCUCCCAGAAAAAUAUGACCAUGCAAUGCAGUCUUCUUCCGUAAAGGAAAGACAUGCUACUCACCAGGAAACUGGUGGACCUGAUUUCAACGAUAAUUCAGAAGAGUGUUACCCAUUGGAACGUUUUUCUCCAGUUAGAAACACUCCCAAGAGCCUAGAUAUUACUAAUGAAGGCAGCUCGGUGGGUGAAAUGAUGCCAAACCCUUCCAAAAUCUCCAUAAUCCCCCAUGACCUCUUCUAUUACCCCCAUUAUGACGUUCCCAUAUCGGACGUCUUGGAUGCUUUUGCUACACCCGGCGCAGACCCUACCCUCUCGGAAAACAACAAGAUCUGCGCCGAGCUUUUAGUAAACUGUUUGGCGGAGAAAGAGUUGCUUGAACAAAACGCUGAGAAGGAUAUUUCAAAGGCAGGCCUACACACGAGUAAUGCAGCACCAACAGCCUCGGAUGAUAAAAGCCCGGAGAAGCAGAAAAAAGAUGCUCGUGGUCACACCAAGGCUUCCCUUAACAAGGCUGCUGCAGAAGGGAAGAAUGUGAUACUCAAAGCAAACAGCGUGGAUUCUGCUCACUCAGAUGUCCCUGUGAUAGUGGUAAACCAGUUUGAUACUUCGGCUGAAGAAAGAAAAUUGCCAGAAGAAAGGAGCAAAAAGAAAGAGAAAAGGAAGAACAAGUCAAUUUUUCAAGGAGAAAACAACCCAAGUCCGAAAGCUGGCUCCACCCGGCUACUAGAUAAGCUAGAGGAAGAAUCCACAGACCAUCAGGGCCUUUCGAGGGUCAGUCACAGCGAUCCCAAUGUCGUUUCCCAAAGAUAUUUAGUAGAGUCGACCAGUAAGGAACUUGGCAGCACGGCUACAAGUGAAAUUGCUAGCUCCUCUUCCAGGAAGAGAAAAGACCUUGAAAAGAAAGACUCUUCUGACAAGGCCAGUGUGCCUACACCCUCUCCGCACACAGACCAGCCUGAACUGUUUUACUUCAUUGUUUUCCUCUGGGUGCUGGUCUACUGCUUAUUGCUCCUUCCACAGCUGGUCAGCAGCCCUCUUUGAUCCCUGUGAGUGAGCCAGAAUAAUAAAAGAUAGCGGCUUGAUGUUCUUGGUUUGAUGUGCCCCUAAAUGCGUUUCUUCAGGAGGUAGAAAUGUUAGCCAAAGUACAGGACUCCACACGCCCCUCCCCUGAAUUCAGAGCUCGUUCUUUUACUCAGGUGGCUUGUUACAUUAUGAAGAUUCAGCUCACCUGACUUUGUGUACAUAUAGUAUAUAUUUAUAUAGAUAGGUAGGUAGAGAUUAUAUAUAUCGAGAGUGAGAAUGAAGACGUUGGGAUAAUUACUUCAUACUUGCAAUUUUUGUAUGUAUGUGCCUUGCUUUAUAGGAUGUUAAAUUAAAUGAAUAAUCUCUUAGGGGAAAGAUCCUAGAUUUAGAGAGUUCUAGUCUUCAAAAAGAAUCAUUCUUAUACUUCGGAUUUUAUCUACAGCCAUGAAAUCUGCCAAAAAUAUAUAUGUGUGUAUUUUUUGUGUUGCCUUUUCAGUAGAAAUUUUUGAUUGAAGAAAGUUGUCCUUCCUCCAUAAACUGAAACAAGAUGUAAUUAUUUUAUUAUCUAACAUGUGCAGCUAGAGCCAAUCUAAGGCUGCAGUCCGGUACCCACCACUGAAUUCAUUGGACUUACUUCUGAGUAGACAUGUAUCGGAUUGCACUAUAUAGUCUAUGCUAGAAGAAUCUGGAAUAGCUCCAGAGAAUUCUUUUAAGAAGUAUGUGAUAUGGCUCAAGACCAGAAUUUAACCAACUUUGAGGUUAAUGUAUAUGGGAUUGUGAAGGAAUGGCAGACAGUGAUUUAGGUCAGGAAUGGGGAACCUGCGGCUCUUCACGUCUUCACUGUUGUUGUUUUUAGUCCCCAAACAAUACUUAAUUGAUGUGAUACACAACCUUUGCAUUGUUUCCUUUUUAAUCCAAUGUCCUUUGUAUUUAAAUGAAUGAUGUGGUAUAGUA